AUGAAUUUUAAACCUGCCAGAUUUUCUGGUUUAAUAAAAAAAAUCAAUAGUAAUAAUAAUGGCCGUUUUAUGUAUAAUAAAUCAUAUAAUGAUAUUAUUAAUAACAACAAAAAUUACAGUAUCAAUAGAUGGAAUAAGCCUAAAACAAUUUCAGAACAAUCCGAAGAAUUAAAAUCAAAAAAAUCUGCUAUUAAUUACAAAGAAAGCCAUAUAUUUAACAAAAGUUUUGAUUUUAAACAAGUGAAAAAAGAUGAUUUUAAUAAUGUUUUUUCACCAGUAGUAACAGCAGAAACACGUAAAACAAAAUUUAGUAGGAAGGCUCGUGAAAAGGAGGAAGAGGAGGAAGAAGAUUUUGAAUUAAUUAUUGAUGAUGACAAACCAAAGAAAAAACCUUUACCACCACCAAUUGAACAAAAGAUUCAAAAAGCAAUUUUUAUUCCUGAGGCUAUAAGUGUUUCAAAUUUAGCAAAGAUAAUUGGUGAAAGGUUAGAGUUAUUUGAAGCUAAAUUAAAAACCUUGGGAAUAGAGUAUACAUCAUAUGAUCAUUUAUUAAACUCUGAGGUAGCAUCUUUAAUUGCAAUGGAAUAUGAUUUAAAUCCUGUGGUAAAUGUUGAAGCAGCUAUUGAUCUUUUCCCAAAACCAAAGCCUUUAGAUAUGUCACAAUUUCCUAAUCGGCCACCAAUUGUGACAAUUUUUGGACAUAUAGAUCAUGGUAAAACAACAUUACUUGAUGCUUUGAGAAAAUCAUCAAUAGUAGCAAAAGAAGCUGGUGGAAUUACACAACACAUUGGUGCAUUUUCUGUUAUCACGUUUCUUGAUACACCCGGACAUGCAGCAUUUUCAGCUAUGAGAGCGCGUGGUGCAAAUGUUACAGAUAUAGUGAUUUUGGUUGUUGCAGCAGAUGAUGGUGUGAUGCCUCAAACCAUAGAAGCAAUUACACAUGCACAAAGUGCCAAUGUACCAAUAAUAGUAGCCAUAAACAAAGUUGAUAAACAUGGUGGAGAUCCAAAUAAAAUACGCCAAUCAUUAUUAUUACACGGUGUGCAGCUUGAAGAAUAUGGUGGUGAGACACAAUCUGUAGAAAUAUCUGCUUUAACGGGUAAAGGUUUAGAUGAUUUGGAAGAGGCUAUAAUAGCAUUAGCAGAAUUACUGGAUAUACGUGCUGAAUUUGAUAUGGAAUCUGAGGGCAAACGUGGCUACAGUUUUAGUGAAACGAGGAACCUUGAAGCAAGGAAGCAUAAUAGUGGAAUUACUAAACAAGCUUUACCUGGUACGCCUGUUAAAGUAACUGGUUGGAAGGAAUUGCCAAAUGCAGGAGAUGAAGUACUUGAGGCUAAAGAUGAAGAUUUGGCAAAAACUGUAGUAGAAAAUCGAAAACAAAAAGAAUUACGAGACAAACAACUCAAAGAUCUUGAAGUGAUUAAUGAAAAAAGAAGAAUCAGAAAACAAGAAUUAGAUAAUGAAAGAAGUGAAACUAAAAAUUUUAAAAAAGAAGUUUGGAUGUUUCAUAAAGGAUUAUUAUCAGAGUAUCCCACACCACCACCCCCACCAUCUCAAUCAGAUCCCAUUAAAGAAGAAAAAACCGAAGAAAAUAAAAUUAAAGAACUAAAUUUGGUGGUUAAAGGUGAUGUCAGCGGAUCAGUGGAGGCAGUUAUUGAUGCACUUUAUGGUUUAGGAAAUAACGAGGUUAGAGUUAAUGUUGUUGAUUUUGGUGUUGGUGAAAUCACAGAAUCAGAUAUUGAAAUGGCAUCAGUUGCUAAAGGUAUCGUAUUAGGAUUCAAUGUUAAAGUGAACAAAAAGGUACAAAAUCGCUCCAAAGUAGAAAACGUUGAGAUAAAUUGUUAUCAAAUAAUUUAUAAAUUGUUGGACGAUAUUAAAGCGAGAUUAAGUGAGAUGUUGCCACCUAGAAUAGAAAUUAAUGUGACAGGUGAAGCUAGUGUAAUACAAAAUUUUCAAAUCAAUGUUAAAGGUAAAAAUUUCAAAUCUAUAGCAGGUUGUCGAGUAACAAAGGGUACAAUUCGUAAAAAUCAAAGUGUCAAAAUUAUUAGAAAUAAGAAAGAAAUUUGGGAAGGAGCUUUGGAAACUUUAAAACAUAUUAAAAAAGAUGUUAACGAGGUAAACAAAGGUUUAGAAUGUGGUGUUUCAUUUAAUUCUUUUGAAGAUUUUAGAGUUGGUGAUGUUAUUCAAAGUUUAGAGUAUAAAAAAAUACCUAGAACCUUAUAA